AUGGGAACGAAAAGACUCUUUAUGUUCCUAAUUUUCUGCCUAGUGACGUAUUCCGUGACAGAUUACGCUAAAUGUACCGAAGAGGAGUCGAAAGAUUCGGAAUCUCCGAAAACGACAUCAGAUGAAAAUGAAGUCAUAAAGGAAACGAAGGAUGUGAACUCUCUAGAUGCACCAGUUGAAAACAAAAAAAAACCAAUCAUGACGUUUCUAGAUUUAGAUUGCAAAUUCUGUUGUGGCUUAUAUGAUUAUUACUACAACAGCAACGUGGAGUUGUUUCAGGCAAAUAAGAAUAUCGGCUUUGAAACGAUAAUAUUUGGACUGGAAACAUUGUGGGCGAGAAAAGGAGAAGAGUACGUGUUCAAAGUAGAAGUGACAAAAAUAUAUCCUAACAAGAUGGCCAUGGUACUGCAUCUCGACAACGGCGACUUGAUUAAGCUGUGUAGGAAUGAAAUAAACGGAAAAUGGGACGAGGAACUUGUGCGAAUGAACCCAAAAUCCUUGGAAUUGGAACACCCCUCUGAAAUAAGUAUUAUAACUGAAAAAUGCCCAUAUCCGGUGAUUCAUAAAGUAAACGAUGAUACAAAAUAUGACCUUAAACUGGUAGAUGAAGGAUACCACUUUACGUUCCGUGAUUCAGCAAAAGUGAUAAAAAUAAAAUGUGGAGGUACAACGUUAUGGGAGCGUGGAAAUACCGACGAACAGCCGUUAUCGUUGUUGUUUAGCAGAAAAUUUAACAAGAUAGUCAUGUCGUUUCACGACUGGACGACAAUUUACGAAAAGAUCGAGGGCAGAUGGACAAUCAGAGAUGAUUCAACAUUGGCAGAGGAGAAAGAGCAUUACUCCAAAACAUUCUCGGAACGAAAUUUGAAGCUUCUAACCGACUCCAGUCCUUUUAGAAGCGAUCCCAGCAAGUAUGUCUUUGAAAAGGUAGAUGAAGCCAGAUGCAAGUACAAAUUCAAGUCUGGAGUGAAGUGUAGAGAAGUGAGAUACGCAGGGAUGACUGUGUGGGCUGCCAUGUCGAUUUACAGCGAUUAUCCCAGAGAAAUUUACGUCAACAAAAGCUCAAAAACAGUAACCUUGGUCGGAGAGAUGGUAACGGUGUACUCGCUCAAUGAAAUAAGAUGGGAAAUUAUCUACUGUGGCAUACCCAACGGACUAGACCUCGACAUCAGCAAGAAGAAACCAACGAACGACUACGACUAUAAAUUCGAAGAAGAAACGAAUAUUUCAAUUUACCGUGGUAAGGCCACAAGCGCGUUCAAAAGUGUGAAGCAAAGGAGUAUAUUCUGCUUUUCCUGUUUUUGUCCUGUAACUACCAUAUGGGAGGCUAAUGGCAUAUACGAAUUUGCAACAAAAGUAGUAAUGGUCAAAAUAGGCUCCGGAACCCAAUUUUUGGCAAUAUACCAAAUAGACGGUUGCUGGAAAAAAUUUAAAAAAACAAGAAAAACCAGAAGAUGGGAAGAAAUUGAUUCACACGAAAAAAUACCAGUAUAUGUUAACUUAGAGUCAGAUUACGAAACUAAAGCGUAUGUAGUGUUGAUAGGUUUUACCACAAUAUUCUCUCCAAAGGAAGGGUUUGCUUUUGCAGGUGUGUACCAGUGGAGUGGCUGGUGCAGUAGCGACAACAAGACGAUAUGGAAGGCCAAAAACGAAAGCGAAUACUCACACAAGAUUGUGGUGGAAGGGUUUGGAAAGGAAAGAAGCAGAGUUGUUGUCCAUUUACCAGAGGGCGAAUUAAGUUUCUUCGAGCCGGGGCUCAAAAUGCUUAGAUAA